CCAAGAACGAGUGGCCGCCGCACCGUCAGUCAGUACGAAGAAGCAUUGGAACCAUGGCCAAGGGACACCACCUCGCGCAAGAUGCAUUGAAGACCUGGUGGUCCAAGUACUCGUAUGAGUCCGGCCGCGUCGUGCGCCAAUUGAGCCCCUACGAGCAACGCCCUGUCGACUACCUCAUCCGCACUGCACCCCAAAAGGCGCUCCGUAAGGUGCAAGAAAACUUCUUCCCGCUCGUGCCCAGCUUCUUGUUGUUGUGGGGCACCGUUGCGUGGGCCGUCGACGAAAACGACCGACACCACCGUCAGCACUGGGACUAAAUCGUCUGCCUCCUGCCCAAAACUCACAUGAUUGCCCCAGAUUAGACUUGAGGAAGUCGAGCGAAGAAAGGUUUGCCACUCUAUUCGGGACGCGUAACCCCCUCGAAUACAGCGCUAUCCUUAUAUGCCUA